UUACUAAUAUAGGUCUUCUACAUUGUUGUUUGAAUUCUCAAAUCACUUUACAUAGAUCAUAUGAGAAGAAAAAGUGACGUUUAAUUACGUUUUAUUUUUGUUUUUAGUACCUAUCUAUAUAUAUUAGUGCGUUGUUGUUGUUUUUUUUGUUUCUGUAAAACUCUGAGAGUUUUUCUGGCCAACACAUUAUCCGCUGUCACUGAGGAUGAUGCGCUAGAGUGUUUUGAGCAGUUAGUUUCUUUUUUCUUUGACGCUCGGGGACAUGGAAGUUUUGCAAAAUGCCGAGGGAGAAACAAAUAAAUAUAAGCCAGGGGGUCGACUGGACAUGAAUCAUGGAUUCCUGCACCAUAUACGGAGAAAUCAGAUCGCCAGGGAUGAUUAUGACCGGGAGGUUAAACAGGCCAAAGAGCAGCAGAAGCGCAGACACACAGCGGCACCGAGGAGACCCCGCAGACCAGACCGGGAGGUUUAUCAUCCCCGCCAUCGCAGUGGCUCUGAAGCCGGGGCUGGUGGUGAGGUGGAGGAGUGGAACGAGAGCGGCUCGAGCACGGAGCAGGAGAACACGGGCACCGAACUCUUCUGGCUCGACUACCAGGCAGACAGCGGACACGUGACAUCCUUCCUUGUCUAUAAGGAGGAUGAGCCAGAAAGUGUAGUAGAACGAGUGGAGCAGAAGAACGUUCUGGACGCAGCUAUGAGGGCGGCGCUGUUGGCACGAAUCAGCCGGGAAAUGGAUAAACGGCGAGACAAACGCUGAGGUUCGGAAAAGAAGGCGAUGAGGAAUGACUUCAUACAACAAUAAAGACUGUUGCGAUGUGUGAGAGACACAAAAACCACACACACAAACACAAACAAGGACUACAGGAGCAGAUGUUCAUGCAGGUGUUCUUCGUCUCUACAGAGAAAUGAAGAGAAACUUUCUCCAAUACUGAAAUAAUCUCAUAUCAGACGCAACGAUAUUUCUGUCCUGUUGUGAGGAUGGCAGAGGGGCCGGGAUGUACGCAGGAAACAGCUGUAACACUCAUCCGUUUACAUCCAGAGUUUCAUCUCACGCAGAUUUUCAUGUCAUUUGAAGAUCUAUUGUAUAAAAUAUUAUGCAGACUCUUGAUGUUUAGCUCAGGAUUAGCAGCAAAAGAUUUCAGAAUCAACCUGCCACGUCAUCUGGUGCUUGCAUUUAUUAGCAAAAAGAUCAGAAAUAACCACCGCGUGGUUCAGGUAGAGGACGUGUAGAUCGUCAGGCGACAUUAAAGACGGUCGAUUCCCACACCGUCGUCUUAAUGGUUAUUUAUGAUGAUCCUGUUCUUUUGUCUUGCUGAUUUCUUUCCACAAGAAUGAUUUGGAGCAUUGAACUGUACGAGGUUUUAUUUAUGUUCUUCAGCCAGAUUUCUUUGGGUUGUAUGAAGAGAUUUUUUUUUAUUUUUGUAAAUGUGUUCUCUCUGUUAAUACAU